GUGGAGAGCGUGAGAUGAGCGGCGGAGUGAGGAGGUGACGCGAGCGUCUGGUAGGUCUGGCUAGCCGUCCGUUGCUGGGCCGAUUUUUGCGAGCGGUGCAAGCGGGCAGCGCGGCGGGCUGGACAUCAUGACGACACUCUGCGAGGAUCGAUCUGCCUGAACGCGCAGCGCGGACCCCCGCAUCCUCAACACGUGCUGUUCACCGCGCACGUGCUAUUUUGAGUGUCUUUCGGUUGCAAGCCCCGCUAUCAUCUGGCGUCGGGGCGGAGGAGGAGCAAUCAUCAACCCCGUGUGACUCAGCCUCGGAGCAACGCCUUCCUUCCUUUGUGCCGCCAAGUCUUCGCACAGAUCGGGUGCGCCGGCGAGAUACUGCAGUGUCGUCGUUUAUCGCUGUUAUUCUGCGGAAUCUGUGCACGCAACUGAAGCCCUUUGGUGGCUCCGCCCGCAUCGUUCCGUUGUCGCCGCGACGCCGAGUGUCCGUGGAGAGGCCUCCUCCUGUUUUCCUUUCCGUUGAUCACCGCGGUGUGCGUUUUUGUUGUCCCUCUACUUUCUUUCCGUCGAGGCGUCGGCGUGACGCCCCGCGUUUUGCUGUUAUAGCUGUGCCGUUGUGUGCGCCCCUACUCCGAAACAUAUGUCGACUUCGCCCGUGCCGCGACGUGCGUGAUCCGUGCCACAUUUGCGCGAGAGCCUCCCAAGCCACGUCGGGGAACGUCUGCCGCACUAUUUCGCCAGAAUUCACCCGCUUGGUUUCGUGAAUAGAGUUCUUCGUAAUAGGUGGAGUGCGCGCGAAACGAUCGGGAUCAUUGAAAGAAACGAUCAGGUGCGCGGGAAGGACUUCCGAGAGAAAUCGAGGAACGAGUCUGUUCCGGCGAGUGGGCCCAAGCGUCGAGUUUGAAAACGCUCUAAAGACGGAACACGGCAGACGGCAGCUGCUGCGCAUCACAAAUCGGCACGAGCGAGCGGAGAAACGAGGAAACCUGUAUUGGCCAGCGCAGACGGCACUUAGGCAUGGCCUUGAAGCCGCUGGCCUUCUAAGGAGAAGCGACGGUGAUAGCGGAAACAAAAACAAAGCACGAAGUUACGAGCUUGUGGACGAAUAAUAAAAGAAACUACUACCGCCGCCAUGUCGGUUAACCGCUACAAGGCAGGUUCCGAUAGCUUGCGGCAGAAUCCCCGGCGCCACGAAAUUCCGUGGCAGAUGGACUCCAGUCCGCUUUACAUAAGGAGGCAGGAUCAUCUCAACGACCGAAUGCGCGCUUUGUACGUGAGCGAACCGACGACGCCUCCGCCGCCGCCCCCCGUGACGUUCACGAGCCCGACAACGCGGCAGACUCCGCUGGCGGGAAGAAACCACCACUACCCCCAAAGACAGGACCCGCGGAACUCGUCCGAUUACGACAACACACCGCCCGAACCACCCAAGAGGACGAGCUCAGCGUCCAUGACCGCUUCGUACGACUCUGCGUCCACCUCCUCAUCGUCGCUGCAGUACAGGAAUGGAGGAGGCGGCGUUGGCUAUGGCGCUGGCAGUUCAUCCAGAUUGAAUGAUGGCCUCUAUGCAUCGCCUGGAGCACCGGCACUUGCUCCCUUGGCAGUGGAGGAGGACUGCGAGGCAAACUUCCUGAUGUCCCUUGAAAAUAUGGCGUGUACCCGUUGUGGGGACGGGUUCGAGCCCCACGAGAAGAUCGUGAACUCCCAUGGCGAAGUCUGGCACCAGGCUUGCUUUGUCUGUUGCCAGUGCUUCAGGCCAUUUCCUGAAGGCAUCUUCUAUGAGUUUGAGGGACGCAAGUACUGUGAGCAUGACUUUCACGUUCUCUUCGCACCCUGCUGUGGCAAGUGUGGCGAAUUCAUCAUUGGCCGUGUCAUCAAGGCCAUGAACAACAACUGGCACCCACAGUGUUUCCGUUGCGAGAUCUGCACUAUCCCACUUGCCGACCAAGGCUUCAUCAAGAAUGCUGGGAGGGCUCUGUGCCACGAGUGCAACGCAAAGGAGAAGGCUGCAGCCUGUGGCAAAUACAUCUGCUACAAGUGCCACGGCAUCAUUGAUGACAUGCCACUCAAGUUCCGCAGUGAGCCUUAUCACCCAUACCAUUUCAAUUGCACUGCUUGUGGUGUGGAGCUAACUGCCGAGGCACGCGAGGUCAAAGGGGACCUGUACUGCCUCCGCUGCCAUGACAAGAUGGGCAUCCCCAUCUGCGGCGCUUGCCGACGGCCAAUUGAGGAGCGAGUGGUUACUGCUCUUGGCAAGAACUGGCACGUCGAGCACUUUGUUUGUGCCAAGUGUGAGAAGCCGUUCCUUGGCCACCGGCACUAUGAGAAGAAAGGCCUAGCCUACUGUGAGACCCACUACCACCAGCUGUUUGGAAACCUGUGCUACAUUUGCAACAAUGUCAUUGGUGGGGAUGUGUUCACUGCACUAAACAAGGCCUGGUGCGUCCACCACUUCGCCUGCUCCGUGUGCGACCAGAAAAUGAGUCAGAAGACAAAGUUUUUUGAAGUCGACCUGAAGCCUGUCUGCAAGCGAUGCUUUGAAAAGUUUCCAAGUGAUCUGAAGAAACGACUGAAGAAAUCUUACGAAGUCAAUUCAAAGACUAACACCUGGCAACCCUGCGCGUAAGAAGAGCAAGGCAGCUUCCCUUUGCUCUGGGCAGGCUUUUAAUCAACUAGUGUGCCAAGCUUACAAGAGUAAUAUAUUUACUAUAUUACGCACAGUUCUCUAGUUGUCACAUAGCCAGGGUUUUAAAUUGUGCAACAAUUCUGCAUAUAUUUGUUGAUGUUGUUUACAUGUUAACAAUGCUGCUGUUACUGUUGAUGUCAGUGCAUUUGGAAUCGCCCUUUGCAAGAGGAAAAAGCUUAAAAAUAUAAGUGGUGUUGCCAUCAUGAGCAUCCUAGCAUUAAUAAAUCUGUGAAUUUAUUUGCUAGAUCGAGAACCAAGGAAUCAGUAAUGUGAAAACUUAAAUGGAAAUUUCAUGCCUUCUUGAAGUUAUGGCUUUCGCAGUAAACCAGAAGAAAAGUUGAGCCAAUGAUGUACUUCGGAGAACUUCAAAUUUUAAAAAUGUUUGUCACUGCCACAGCACUUUCCUCUGAUUUUCUUAUUAUAAUGUUUACUGGCAUCAUAAUGUCCUGUAAAUUAAGAAACAUCAGCGUAAUGCUGGUCAUCCGCUGAGAGGAAUGUUCGUAAGAGAAUUCUACAACUCCAGUUGUCGCAUUAUUAGUGCUGCAUUAUUAAUGACAUGCACUCUUCUGGAAUUCAGACAUGGCAGCAUGAUUACUUUGUUUUAAUGUGUUUUUUGCAUGUGAGAUAACUGGUGCAGAAAUCAUCUGAAGAACAUCACUGUUCUCGGAAAUUCAGUCAGAUACUGAGUUAUACCAUCUCAUUGUACCAUUCAGUUGUGAAGAAUUUCAUUUUGGAAUCUCAUUUUUUGCACAAAUUCUGUGAACCAUUUUGCAUUCGUGAGUGGUCAUGUUUUGCUGCUGGAACACUUCGAUUGCACAAGCUUCUUGUGACUUAAACAUUUUUUAAAUGUUAGCUCGUACAAUUCCUACUGCCUUUUGGCUUGAAUUUCAGCAACAUGUUUAUUUGAUAAUUAUAAUUUUUGUUUUUUUAGAGCCCCUUUAUAUGAGGCUAGUAAGGUAUACAUGACUGUUUUGUUCUUUGUCUCAAUUUAAGCUUCUACAUAUUUUGCAGAAUGCUUGAGACAGGUUUAAGCCACUAUCUAGUCCUUUACGCAAAGAACAACUUGACCAAUUCAUUCUGAUAUACACUAAGGUCUUAUGCCCCUCAAAUUCAUGCAUCAAGGUUGCUUGGUGUUUGUCAAGAGGCCAGCAUGACUUUGUCUUAAAGUGGCCAGUGUUUUAAAAGGUGCAUUUUACACGUCCUGCUGCGAGGGCAGUUGUGUUUUCUAGCUUGUCACGCACAAAUCCGACUUGUGACUCAGCAGCAAAUCUUAGCAGUUUAUAUAUUUAUCUUCGUGUAGAUCAUUUGUUCUUACUGUGUAAUCGCUACCACCUCUUUUUCCAUAACUUCGAGCAUUUUCCAUCAUUAUCCACUCAAGCUUACCUCUGAGAGAUGUUACUGCUGCUGACAGUGAAUUGUUGCACUUCUUUCCUGCCUCAUUCUGGCUUUCACAGCUGCAUUCUUUGUAGAAAGUCGUGUAGUGUGAAGAGGCUUCUGCAAUGUACUGCCACCACAAACUGUUUCUUGUGUGCAGACUCAACAUUAUGUCAAGAGUUCUACUAAUAUUAUUAUCAUCGCUUGUAAAUGGUUGUAAGCUGCUGUUUGCAUGACCUGACCAUGACAUUUUAACCUCUAUACUGCACAUUUUUGUCUUUCCAUUAUGAUACUGAUGUAUGCUUUGCUAAUCUCAUGCGAAACAGUCAUAUGCCUUCUUGCAUUCACUGUUCAAGCUUUUCUUCUACAGCCACGCAUUGAGAAGAUGUAUACAUUAUAUAUUCGCAUAAUGAAUGCACUUUGUUUAAAAAAAAAGAGAGAUAAAAAGUUCAAGGAUGCAUUGGUUGAGCAAAUUUUUUUCCCAGCAACCACUAAGUCUAACCUUUGGUGCACUAAGGUUGUGUCCGAAAACCAGCUACCAACAAAUCAUAGACGGAAGUUACGGGAAUGGGCCAUAUUUAUGUUCUCACUUUGAAAACACGCAUUCGGAAUCAGAAUUUAUGCACAAAGAGUUUGCAUUUCUGGCCGUCUCUUCAGCAGCUUCAACUUCAAUAGCAGCUGGUUCUCGGUGGCGUCAGGCAAGUUUACAAUGCCAGUUCACUUUAUACUUUUGAUGACGAUGUAGUCAGAAAUAAUCCUCCACAACGCUAGGGCACAUGCGCACAACCGUUCCAACGGGCCCACUUAAUCUUGCCUGCUGGCCUCGGAGGAUAAUCACCCUCGGCCGCAUGAAGCGCAGCGUCAUGCGUUCCCGCUGCUCAGUUCCCACUGCUUACCUUGGAAGUCCACACUUCCUCGCAAAUCGGUGCGCUUCGUUCUGUAUCGUUUCAAUGGAUACCAAUGGAUACCACGAUGUACGUUGCUGGUAGCCUUUAGCUUUUCGUGCUGCCAUCUCCAGCAGCAGAUGCCUACUCCAGCAACGCUGAAGUGCCUUCCCAAGUUGCAGUUGCCAUUCUACAAAGCAUAUUAAACAGCUUUGCGCUUGAAGCCAGCGGUGUAGCUUGCCUUAAUGUGACGCGUACCAGCACUCCAAUCACUCUACAGAUGUGUCAACACGACCAACGACUGCACUGAACUGACAAAGAAAACAUUGAGAAAUACAGGCUUUUUGCGGACAAUGCUAGGGAACAUUCGGCAUCAUUGCCAUCGUCAUCAGUUGAAAUUGAAACCAUGCCUCCCGGUGCUGAGUUGCAGACGCAAUCAUUAUGCAGGGGAAAAAGUCUGUGAAUAUUAAAAAUGACCAAUUGGGAAGAUGCAUUCAUUAUGCGAGUAAUAUGGUAGUUUUAUUUUUCUGUGAAGUUAUUAUAAUUAUUGAUUCAGUUUAGAAGUGGUGGAGCAGAAGGUUCUGUAAGAACUCUGCAAACUGCCUUUCAGCUUUUUAUCUGCCUCACAAAUUCCAGUUUACUAUGUUGCAACCCUUCCUAGUGGUCACAACCUGCAGAGCAUGACUAUUGAAGUGAGUUAGUUUUAUUGAUUUGCUUAUUGUCAUCACUGAUUGCACAUGUGCUUGCUUAUUCCAUGCACACAAACAACGAAAUAGAUGCUCGAAUUGUUUAUUUAUGAUAGCUAACAAAAUUUACAUGGUAAUAAGUUCAUAUAGCUACAAAGGCAUAAGAAGCGUUGAUAGUUUCCAUGAGGGUACCUAUAAAUAUAACGCACAAUGUAUAUUGUUAUCACCUGUGCCUUAUUAGAUAACAGGUCUAUUUAUACCACUGUUAUCGUUUACACUGUGCAUUUUGUUGAAGCAUUUAACUUGAUGCUGCACAUUGUUACACUAAAAUCAAAAUGCUGGUAUGCAUCCUCUGUCUAGGAGUCGGGACAGUUCCCGACUCUUAGUUUCUGGAAUGGGUUGGCUUUUAGCUUUUCCCUCAUCUUAACGCACUUCGAGUGUGUUAAUAAUAUCACCCACAAUUGUCCAUCAGAUACUUUAUCUAUACUGAACACAGCCUUAAAUAGCUGGCUUUGAAGAAAGCCAAUGCUUGUCUCCGCAGCAUUAGUCACCUCGCAUAUUUUAGAAGUGACUGUCUUGUGUGAAGCUUGGUAAGCACAAAUAUCCUACUAGGAAUAUACCACCAUGUAAGAACAAACAUUUAGCACUGUUGUCACUGAUAUUGUCUCACAUUUUUAUUCUAAUGGAAAAGCUUGUAAUGCCAUGAUUAUUCAUUGUGCCUGUCAAGAUUUAUCACACUGCGAUUCAUAUUGCAAUAGGUGCCCUUGUUAUAUGUGUCCAUGUGUACUAACUUGUCGUAGACAGUGCUGUUUAACAUACUGUUAGAACAUGUUUUAUGUCUGUUGUCAAUGCUUGUGUAGAUCUGCAGCAACUAAGUGCCACUUUGUUUUGCGAGGAUAAUAAAGCUACUCUGUUUUAAA